CGCGUACCUGUCCAUUGUUCCUUUUCUCGUUCCUCUUGGUAUGAAUCUGCACUUCCCUGUUCCGCUUGCAGCGCCAGCGUCUUCUGCUCCAAUCAGCGGUCGUGGAUCCACCAUCUACACUUCGCUCUCCGGGAACGAUUCCCGUCCUUGGUAUUCUGCGAAAGAGCUUCUGUUGUGGCGACCAUCACGCUUUCGUCAGUCGUUGGACUUUCCACGCCAUGGGCUGAUGCAUGGCCUGUCGCGCGCUCCCUCUCCACUCGACUUUUAUGUACGUCUAUCAUCCCCCAUCCCCCGUCUUUGCUGUCUCUUUUUUCCUGCCACUCCUUUAAUGGGAGAAUUAUCCCACCCUUCCUCGGCGACCGUUCCUUGAUUUAUUCCUAGUUCAAUUCUCGUUUCAACCUGUCCAUAACUGCCAAUCCGUUUGAUGUUUAUUUCCCACCCCGUCAUUGGCCUUGACAAUCAAUCAAUUGGCCCUCUCUCCGGAUUCCGUCUACCAUACUCGGCAAGUAAAACUUAACCAGGGUCCAUUGCAAGGGCUCCCGUCGUGUGCUGGAUGCAGUCGAAUGACUUCAUUCCUCCUUUUGACAAAUACCUAAAACCCACCUCCUGUGAAUACCUUCGUCCCUCCACUUCCCAUUUGCUUUGCUGGGAAAGGUAACCUUCCCCGCCUACUCAAACCCUCGCACGUUGUCGUGCCAUCGUCCAACCAUCACCGGUGUCUUCCUCCAAUCUGAAACACCUGUUUACUCCAUCAUCAUCAUCUCCGCACGGGGAGCUUUCGGCCGCCAAUCGUACGCCCAAUUGGAAACCCGCGGGUGUACAGGCCUGGAGCCCGGAUCGAUCGCUCAGCAAACGCGGCGUGGUUUGACGUCAACACUCUGCCAGUCGAUCUAAUCUGACCCUACCAGCAAAAGGGCUGCACCAGGCCAUUCCGGCCCUUGGAACUCGCCCCGAGAGGUCCAAGCCGCUCGCACAUCUUUGUAUAUUUAUCCGUGGGCUUGGCCUUUUUGUCGACUCAUGCUGCGCAUGCUUUACUUUUAGGCCUGUGGCAACGUCGCAAUUUCACCUUGGCGCUGGGUCGCUCUCUGCGAAGCCAUGGGCAACUCACAAUCAAGUCCGACAAAGGAAGAGACGCGCCGUGCCAAUCGGCUUUCCAAACCGUUCACCAGGAAGCUGUCUGCUCUGAGUUCACCUCAAUCAGCUCGUACUUCGAUAGACGGUCCAGAGUUGAAUACUGGGUUAAUCGGGUGGCAGAAUCCCUGGGUAGGGUCUAAUAUCUCGACGGAGGUCCGAAUUAGUAGUCAUGGAAAGGCGAGAGAGAUCCCUCCGACCUUGUUCGAAACUGAAGCAGGUCCGUCAGAUGAGGAGAAAGUGAUCGAGUCCCCAAUUCAAUCACCAGGGGUCCAGGAUGAACCGAUUUCGCCACUUUCCCCAGUCUCUUGCACCAUGUCUGCUAGACGUUCUGUCCGGAGAGCAUCCUAUCAGCCCGGGAAUUAUGGCGGCUCCUCGCAGCUAUCGUUCGUGCCGCAACAUCCUAGACGGGCCAACUCUGUCCAGACCACCCUCACCAGACACAACAGCGUGAUCUACGAGAAUACAUAUGAAGAUGCGACUUCCUCCAAUACACAUUUCUUGGUUGGCAACCAGCGCUUCUCCUUGACUCGCCGGCGUUCUCUCCUGACUCGACCCGGAGUGGCCACAAGGCGAACGAACAGUACCGUCCGUCGUGUACCAUCUCCAAUUGGCGAACCUUCGGACCUUCUAGAUGAUCCAAACGACUCUACAGUCUUACAAUGGCCAUUGCCACCGCGCCAGAGACCAGAACUUAUUGUGGCGCCCCCGAUACGACCGACGAGUCCGCCAGACAGUCAAUACACUCAACUUGGAGCUUUAAAAUUGGGAUCUCUGCGAGUCGUGAACGGCUCUGCGUCUCCAUGUCCCAGCGAACGGAUCCCUCUCAGUCAACCCGGUCUCGGCCUUGAUAACGUCGAUACUAUGGGCAGAAUCAAGUCUACCCUGGAGAUCCCUGCCGUACCUGACCUAAAGAAAUACAAUGAUGUCCCAGGCAGUCCAUUCUCAUUUGAAAAGUCCCCCACCGUUGCAGCUGCCCCACCAUUCAAGUCGACCUUCCCCGGCGAUUUGGAAGAUGAGGGAAUCGCCAUGUUCGAUGACGGCACUAGCCAGCCAGACAAGGUUGCAGCAGACACCUGUCUCGAGCGAAGCACCAUUCGUUCGCUCAACAAAUCCGACAGCGGCUACAGCUCAGCGGCUUCCGUCAGCUCCUACCACCACAGCCGCCCGCGCGCAUCUUUCGACUCGCAGACCUCCGGUUCCUGCACUGCAGACGGCCAUGCCAAGACCGUCUGGGUCACAAGUGACCAGUCCCGCAGCCAUCACCGUACCGAAGAGAUACAGCGGCAUUUUAGUUUGCAUGAAGCUAAGUCCAAGACGGGGAACUACUCGCGGCUACAUCCCAAAUUCGAUCGCUGGUACGAUUCGAUCGGCCCAGCCACCGAGAAACCCCUUGCUGCCUUACGGACUCGGCGAUCAACUCUGUGUGCUCCCCGAUACACCGAGUAUCCGGCGCAGAAGAUCGAACUCGAUGCCACGGUUACCACGGCAGCAGUGGCCGUUCACGAAGAGCAGGUUUACUCGCGGGGACGAUUGUAUGCGGAUCGCUGCUCGACUGGCGGGCUUGAGGUUUCGCACAGCCUGGGCUCGUCCACAUCAUCGGGGACGGACACACCGCUGAGCCACGAGCAGCGCGGUAGCAGUAAUUUCCGCAGCCAGGUGCAUCGGUCUGCAUCAGAGCGGUACCUCGAUGUCAAAGCGAAACGCGAAAGCCCCAUGCAUCGAUCACGAUCCCGAAGCCGCCCUGGCAGCCGGGUGUGGUCCCAGAAACCCGGGAUCGAGAUUCCUCCUCUCCCCACGAUCAUGUCCCCAGGUCACUUCCACGGGGAUGAGGAUGACCUUGAGCUGUAUGCACCCGAGACUUUUCGUGGCCGACCUCGCAGCCGAAGCCAGGACUUUCGCCGUCGCAAAUUAAUCAAGGCGCGUCCUCAGGCGGAAUUCUAUAUGUGACGAUCUUUUUACUUCUUGUUAUGCCCCUCUCCCGUUACGGAUAUGAGUGACAGUGUCAUUUUUUUCCCUUGCUCUUUUCCCUCCUGAUUUCAGUGGCUUGGUGGCUCGAUGUGGGCUUGGCUCCAUUUCGGGAUUCUCAUUUUUGGUUUUGGGGUGAUAUGCCCCAUAUACACUAAAAGUCUUUUUUUUCUCUCUCGGCGUUGCUGUGCCGGGUUUCGUUCUUCAUGGUUCCCAUUUCACAAUACCAGUUUUUGGGAUGCUCUGUUUUUUUUUGGGUGAAAUCGGAGUACUCGGAUUGAUUUUCAUCAAUAUAUACCCUCGUUGAAAUGAUUUAUCUGGCGUUACACACUUGCGUUCACGGUGUUUUUCUUUGCUUCCCAACCACAACAUAUCCACAAGCAUCAUGGCUGAGGCGCGGUGUUUGGCAAUCCUUCCUUUUGCGAAUUCGAAUGUGAAUCCUGAUCUAAUUCUGAUUUGAAAUUUAAACCUUUUGAAAUUGAAUGGAUGAUCAAGAUCUUCCCGAGUCUCACAUCUUACACUAUCUCUUUCUGCGCCGAUCGCGCAGUUCACGGCAUUGCAGUUACUCAAUUCAGCUCCCGGUUCAGACGCC